AUGGGCAGCAAGACUCUGCCAGCACCCGUGCCUCUCCACCCAUCCCUCCAGCUGGCCAACUACUCCCUCCUCCAGAGCUCCACCGGCCUCCAGCUGCCAGCAGACCAUUUUCACAGCAUCUACAGCUUCAGUGCCUUACACGCCAUCCAUCUCCAUCAGUGGACCCUCGGCUACCCGCCUUUGAAUCUGCCCCGCUGCACCAUUUCCAAGCUGCCAGCUCAGUUUUCCUCCAUGGCCUCAAUCCCCAUAUUCCCCCACCUCUUGCAACCCAAGCAGGGUGCCGCAGGGCUGCUGCAGAGCUCCAAGAACAAGCCCCGCUUUGACUUUGCCAACCUAGCGGCAGCAGCCACCCAGGACGACCAUCUGAAGGCAGAGGACCUGAGCAUGACGGGUGCCGCUGCAGCAGCACAGGCGUCACCUCACCACGUGACCUCAGUUGGCCUUGGAUGCCUCCUGGAUGUGACCAAGCUCUCCUCACCGGAACGCAAGUCCAGCCGAGGCCGACUGCCCUCCAAGACCAAGAAAGAAUUUGUCUGCAAGUUCUGCGGCCGCCAUUUUACCAAAUCCUACAAUCUUUUGAUCCACGAGAGGACGCACACGGACGAGAGACCAUAUACCUGUGAUAUCUGCCACAAGGCCUUCAGAAGACAGGACCACCUUCGGGACCACAGGUAUAUUCAUUCCAAAGAAAAGCCCUUCAAAUGUCAGGAGUGCGGGAAGGGCUUCUGUCAGUCCAGGACUCUGGCUGUCCACAAAACAUUACACAUGCAGGUCAAGGAACUGAAGCCAGCCAAGAUCAAGUGAUCGACUCUGCCAGCAGGGGAAGGACAGGGACACUGGAAAAACCAUGACCAAAGACGACAACAGGCAAAGAACAACCAAAGACCUUUUUUUAACUUUCAGCAGUAGAAAGAGAGCCCUCGGUUUCUGUGUUCGCACUCCUCAAGGAUGAAAUAUUUUACCAGACAAUUCUUAAAGACAUAAUACUGAAAUAAGCCUUUGUGGAUAAGUGUAUGCUUAGUUAUCAAAGCCUGACUUGGCAGAGAACCCAGUGGAUGUGUGGAAUGUGAAAUCGACCUUAAAAAAAACCUGUGGCUGCUCAGUGCAAAUAAUUUGCUCAGAAGCUUAUAAUCCAAAGACUUUAUAAAAAAGGGACAUAACUCUCAUGUAAUAAUUUUUUACAAAAACUGAGAAUGAUCAAAGCCAUGUUUGU